AUGGCCGGAAUCAAGCGCGACUCUGCGGCAGCUGCUGUGUCGGCGAAAAGUAAGAAGGACAAGUUGGAGAAGAAGUCGUCCAAGGGCGAGUCCAAGCAUGCUGUCAAGCCUGUGAAGAAAAGCCACAAGGUUGCUGAAGCCCUCGAAGAAUCCGACACCAGCGAGCAGGACAACAGCUACGGCGGCUUUUCCGCCAACCCGGACGUUGACAUGGCCGACAGCGACUCGGAAGAGCAGCCAAAGUCCAAGACGCAGAAGCGCAAAGCAGAAGACGAGCCCACGGAAAAGAAGAAGAAGUCCAAGUACGAGACGCCCAAGGAGAUUUCGUCCAAGCUGGCCGACAUGCAUGCCAGCAACUCGCGCGAAGCACACGCAAAGCAAAAGGCCCUUGCCAAAGAACGCAAAAACGCCAAGCCGAACGCCGACGUUAUCGAGCGUUCCAAGAAGCUGUGGGAGAAGCUGCGUCUCAAGUCGCACGUCGACAAGGACGAGAGGAAAGAACUUGUCAAGGAGCUCUUUGAGAUCAUCACCGGCCGCGUCAAGGACUUCGUCUUCAAGCACGACUCCGUACGAGUCAUCCAGACAGCAAUCAAGUACUCCACCAUGGAGCAGAGAAGAAUGAUUGCGCGCGAACUCAAGGGCGAGUUCAAGGUGUUGUCUGAGGGCAAAUACUCCAAGUUCUUGAUCGCCAAGCUGGUCGAAAAGGGUGACCCAGAGAUUCGCGACCUGAUCAUCACCGAGUUCUACGGACACGUCAAGCGCAUGAUCAACCACCCCGAGGCAGCAUGGAUCUUGGAUGAUAUCUACAGAGCAGUUGCCACACAAGAGCAGAAGAACCGCCUUUUGCGCGAGUGGUAUGGUGCAGAAUUCUCCAUCAAGGGCCUUGGGCCGCAGGGCACAGACAGUGCAGACCUGGCAACCAUCCUUGAAGAGUCACCGGAGAAGAGAAAGCCCAUCAUGAGUUACCUCGAGAACCAGAUCAAUUCUCUGAUUCAGAAGAAGCUCAACGGCUUCACCAUGCUGCACGACGCCAUGUUGCAGUACUUUCUUGUCUGCGAACCAGGCACAGAGCAAGCGAACGAUUUCUUGGAGCACCUCAAACCUGACCCAACCCUCAAGGAGGGAGAAGAGGCCGACAACGUUGACUUGAUGAAGAACCUAGCAUUCACAAAGUCUGGCUCUCGACUCGUAUCACUUUGCUUCGCAUACGGCUCAGCAAAGGACCGAAAGUUAUUCCUGAGACCUUACAAGGACACAAUCGAGACCAUGGCCUUCGACCAACAUGCGCACCAUGUUCUCCUUGCCGCCUUGGCCGUUACAGAUGACACCAAGUUAUCUUCCAAGUCGAUAUACAGCGAACUUCUCCCAAGCAACGACACCCUCGCCGAGAAGGUCCUAAAUCUUUGCAACGACGCACGCGCCCGCACGGUUCUUCUUUACCCCUUCGCCGCUGAUGCCAAGUGGUUCCUAGACGACAGCACACGCGAGCGUCUUACAGAAAUCUACACAAUCCGGCAAACAACCUCCAAAAAGGACCCCAACACUCGUCUCCAGGAGGUCACCAAGAGCAUAGAGGCCCAGCUCCUCAACGCCAUUACCGCACGUGCCGCGGAUUUUGCAUCCUUUACAUUCGGUCUGCAAUUUAUGGGUGAGAUCCUUGUUGGGGCGCCGGAAGUCGAACCAAAGACACGCAAAGAGGCGCUUGCUGAGGUUGCGCGCCUGUCGCAGUCGAUUCUUGGCUCUUCGCUGCCGGCCAGUGCUGGCGACAGCAAGGCCACCAGUCACGGUAAGAACAUGCUCAAAACGCUUGUCCAAGGCGGCAAGUUUGACCCCCAGGCCAAGAAGGUCGUGCCUGUCACUCCAGCGCUUGGGUUCGCGGACAUGCUCUGGGCAGAGAUCAAGGAUAACGUCGUUGAUUGGGCCACCGGCGAAGGAUCGUUUGUUAUUGUUGCGUUGACUGAAGCCGAGGCUUUCGAGAAGAAGAACGAGGUGCUGAAGGCACUGAAGAAGGACAAGAAGAAGCUGGAGACUGCUGCAGGGCCAGCAAAGAGCAAGGAUGCAGAUGCGAAGGUUAAAAAGGGGAAGAAGGGCGAGAAGAAGGAAGAUGCGCCCAGGGGUAAUGCUGGCGCGAGGAUAUUGCUUGAGAAGUUGUAG